GGCGGCGGGAUGCUGCUGCGGUUGCGGAGCUCUGUGCGCCGCUGCCUACUCCGAGCAGCCUGGGCACCGCAGCAGCGGAGCUCGAGCAUCCUUUAGCCACCUAUCUGGGGGAGACACAGAACUCACGCUUCGGCUUCCCUCCCGGCAGGUUCGUCUUUAAUUUCCAAGGUUGCAGUUCUCUUGACACAAUCCGCAGCAUCCUUCUCUCCAACCCGGCUGUGGAUGAACCUGGGGCUGGACUGGAUCCAGAAGCUGGGGCAGCCCGGGCCAUGGUGCGUCUGAGCCCUGAGCUCUGGUAAGGAAGCAGUGGCUGCGUUGUUCGAGCUAGGCGGGUGCCACUCCCGGGAACCUUCUCCCAGCUGCCACAAUGUUCAGCUGGCUGGGUAACGAUGAUCGCCGCAAAAAGGACCCUGAGGUCUUCCAGACAGUGAGCGAGGGGCUCAAGAAACUCUACAAGACCAAGCUGCUGCCUCUGGAAGAGUAUUACCGCUUCCAUGAGUUCCACUCGCCCGCCCUGGAGGAUGCUGAUUUCGACAACAAGCCCAUGGUCUUGUUGGUGGGCCAGUACUCUACCGGCAAGACCACCUUCAUCAGGUACCUGCUGGAACAGGAUUUUCCAGGCAUGAGGAUUGGGCCUGAGCCAACCACUGAUUCCUUCAUAGCAGUGAUGCAGGGGGAUGUGGAGGGGAUCAUCCCCGGGAACGCUCUGGUGGUGGAUCCAAAGAAACCCUUCCGAAAGCUCAAUGCCUUCGGCAAUGCCUUCCUCAACAGGUUUGUGUGUGCCCAGCUGCCCAACGCUGUGCUAGAAAGUAUUAGUGUCAUCGACACACCGGGGAUCCUCUCUGGUGAGAAGCAGAGGAUCAGCAGAGGGUAUGAUUUUGCUGCUGUCCUCGAAUGGUUUGCUGAGCGGGUGGACCGAAUUAUCCUGCUUUUCGACGCCCACAAGCUGGACAUCUCUGAUGAGUUCUCAGAAGUCAUCAAGGCUCUCAAGAACCAUGAGGACAAGAUGCGAGUAGUGUUGAACAAGGCUGACCAGAUUGAGACCCAACAGCUGAUGCGGGUGUAUGGGGCCCUCAUGUGGUCCCUGGGGAAGAUCGUGAACACACCAGAGGUGAUCCGGGUCUACAUUGGCUCCUUCUGGUCCCACCCUCUCCUCAUUCCUGACAACCGGAAGCUCUUUGAAGCUGAAGAGCAAGACUUGUUCAGAGACAUUCAGAGUCUACCCCGUAACGCUGCUCUUCGGAAGCUCAAUGACCUCAUCAAGAGAGCCCGGCUGGCCAAGGUCCAUGCUUAUAUCAUCAGCUCCCUGAAGAAGGAGAUGCCCUCAGUGUUUGGGAAGGACACCAAAAAGAAAGAACUGGUGAACAACCUGGCUGAGAUCUAUGGCCGGAUUGAGCGAGAACACCAAAUCUCUCCUGGGGACUUCCCCAACCUGAAGAGGAUGCAGGACCAGCUGCAGGCCCAGGACUUCAGCAAAUUUCAACCACUGAAGAGCAAGCUGCUGGAAGUGGUAGAUGACAUGCUGGCCCAUGACAUUGCCCAGCUCAUGGUGCUGGUGCGCCAGGAAGAGACCCAGCGGCCUGUCCAGAUGGUGAAGGGCGGAGCAUUUGAGGGAACUCUGCAAGGCCCCUUUGGGCAUGGCUAUGGCGAGGGAGCUGGGGAGGGCAUUGAUGAUGCCGAGUGGGUGGUAGCCCGGGACAAGCCUAUGUAUGAUGAGAUCUUCUACACCUUAUCCCCAGUGGAUGGCAAGAUCACAGGUGCCAAUGCCAAAAAGGAGAUGGUGCGCUCCAAAUUGCCCAACAGCGUGCUGGGCAAGAUCUGGAAGCUAGCCGACAUUGACAAGGAUGGCAUGUUGGAUGAUGAGGAGUUUGCCCUGGCCAACCACCUUAUCAAAGUCAAGCUAGAGGGGCACGAGCUGCCCAAUGAGCUCCCUGCCCACCUUCUCCCUCCAUCUAAGAGGAAAGUAUCUGAGUGAGAGUGCCAGGUAACUUCAGAUAGUGUCAGAAGAGAGGAUAGACAUGAUGACCACACACACACACACAGACACACACGCACAUAUACACACAAACACACAUGCACACACACACACGUGCAAAACUUGACAGUCACACUAUAAAUGAGAAGGGUUCAUCUCUCUUUGAGCACCUCUCCAAGUUCCCAGGGUUGGUAGAAGGGCAGCUUUACCUUCUCUGUCUUAGGACACAGGCAUGUGUCCAAACUUUCCCUCCAUCUCCCAUUCCCCCAAAGACAUGAGGCAGUUAAUGCAGAUGGCCGCCCACUCUAUCCCCAGUGCCUCCACAUCUAGGCUCUGAGCAGAUGGGAAAGGCUUUUUAUGGAAUAGACAAUUCACUUCAUUUUCUAUGCUUUUAUUUUUCCUCUGUGGCUUCCUAAGUAGAAAUUUACUCAGGGGCUGGGAGCUGUGAGGGAAAGGAGAAGCUAAGAGAGGAUGAUCAAACUGAGAAACCUCCAUAGGACACUGUACCACACUUGAAAAGACACUUGGACCUUGAAUUCUGCCUGCUGCGUUGUGUCAAAGACUCCCAAAUGGGAAGAGAAAAAGAACAAUUUGGUAGGAAAGCACAAGGAAGCUGCCCUGUGGUCUUCUUGAACAGGGCAUUUGUAGUUCAUGGGUUUAUUGCCGCCCCACCCCCACUCCCAGUCUAGUGUCUCUGGAUACUCAGUUUCCUUAUACAUACCAAGUCAAUUCUGCGUGUCAGGAGCAGGUUAGACACUUUAUAUGUUUUAAUCCCUGUGGCCUUCACGAAUGCCCUAGGCCAAGUAUGCUUCCCUCCUGUUACUGCAUUUUCCAGGUGAGAAGCCAAAGACUCAGAGUAGUUUGGGGUAGGUACCUUCCCAAACUCCUGGAAGUCACAAGGAGAGAAGGUUUAAAUCCAGAAUUUGAGACCCCUCUAUUUGCCUCAGUUCUGUGAUGGAUGAAAGAUCUCAGUAUUACUACGUGGUGACAAACCACAGGACAGUCUGAACACACAGCCCCUCACACAGCCUCCCAGAGCAUCCAAGCAAGGGAAGAAGGCUUGCCAGCCUUUGCUGGGCCGUCAAUCUGGCCAUCUGUCACCUUGUAGAAGCAAACUGUGCCUUCUGGCCUGUGCCUCGUGAUCACAACAUCACAAAAGUCCAACCCCGCCAUCAGGAGAGUGGACUAGCCCGCUAGAUAUUGUCUGUGCCUGUUUCUGCUCAGCCCCCCAUUCAUUAACCUGAAGCAUCCCAGCUCAUUCAGCCACAGGCUUUCACAAAACAGGACUUCAUGAUAAUUCACAGAAGGCCAUCUUGAGAGGACUGGGACCUUAUUCUCUAUAGAGUUCCAGGGACUCUGGCUUCCUUGGCAAAAAUUCCCAUCAUUCUCAGUGCCCUCCAUCCUCCUCCACGGUCUCCCCCUGGCUUGCUCCAUGGCCACUGAUGCAGUGGCUGUCAGCUACACUCCUACUGUGAUGGAAAACAAAGCAAGUAUAACUUAUUUUGUAUCUAUGUUCAGACUGUAUCAACUGUUCUGUGUAUCUACAAUGUGCUUAUAAUUGCAGUGUGUUUGUCAUUAGGAUUCAUGUUAAUACAACAUAUUUACCCUUUGGUACUCUUUUGGAGACUGAGUGUCAUUGUAUAGCACUGGAUUCUGACACAGCAUGCCUAGUGGGAACUUUGGAAGACAGUAGCUCAUCCACUCAAAGAUCAUCACUGCAGCACCUUCUGCUGGACUAGUGAUCCUAUCUAGUGGCCAGCUUACAUGAAGCUACAAUGGCCACUGUUUCCUGCUUUGCUUACGUGGAGAUGUUCACUUCAUCAAACUUACAUUUCUCUGAGUCAAUAGUAGAGGAAGAGCAAGACAGAGAGAUCUGAACUCAUGAGACAGCCCCAAGGUAACCCAGCAGAGGACCCAUUUCCCUGUACUUUGUGUUGAGCCAGAGGUAAAAUAAAAUAGUAGAUCAUGUC